UCUAUAAAAGUCUAGGUGAUCCAGUUCUGUGGAUGUAUAAGGUAAACGUAAAGGUUCCCCUCUCACAUAUGUGUGCUAGUCGUUCCCGACUCUAGAGGACAGUGCUCAUCACUUUUUCAAAGCCGAAGAGCCAGCGCUGUCCGAAGACGUCUCCGUGGUCAUGUGGCCGGCAUGACUAAACACCAAAGGCGCAUGGAACGCUGUUACCUUCCCACCAAAGGUGUACCCCUGUAGCAAUGAAAGUGGUUGUUCAGAGUUUCGGAGGUUGGCUGAUCCUCUUUUUCAGUUGUGUUUCCUUAUGUGUAACCGUCACAAUGACUAAAAGAGAGGAGCUGCUUCAUAUGGAGGACACCCGGCGUACAGGUGGCAACCUUCUCCUAAGUCAACAGGAAGAAAAUUUCAACCACAAGCUCAUGCAACUGAAAGAAAGAGAAAUAAUGAACGCUAUGGAUACUGGGAAAUUUCCACCGGCUAUGCAUUUCUUCAAGGCUAAAAAACUCAUUGAAAAAAGUGCUGUGUUCCGCAUCUUGAAAAAUAUGCCCAAAGGUGGCCUUUUGCAUGUUCACGACUAUGCUAUCCUGAAUGCUGAGUGGCUGAUAUUCAAGGCGACUUACCUGCCUAACUGUUACAUCUGCUUCUGUCCGAAUGAGACUGUUCAAUUCAAGUUUUCAGAGUCCACUCCUAUAAAAAAACCUUCUUGCUCCACCUGGUCUUUGCUCAAGACCUACCGCAAGAACCUGAAGGAUGUGCGUGGAUUUGAUAAGAGUUUACUGAGGAACCUAACACUAGUAACAGAUACUCCAGAGGAGACCUACCAAACUCAAGCUAUCAUCUGGCAGAAAUUCGAAAAUAUCUUUAAGACCGCUUCUGGCAUUAUUAAUUAUGCACCUGUGUUUAAAUCCUAUUGGUAUCAAGGGCUGAUGGAGCUCUAUACAGAUAAUGUGCAAUAUGUUGAAAUCAGAGUUAUCCUGCCACCGAUAUAUGAGCUGGAUGGAAGGGUCCAUGAUAAAUUUUGGUCUGUGGCAGUUUUUGAAGAAGUGGCUCAGAAAUUUGUAAAACUUCAUCCUGGUUUUGUGGGUGCAAAACUUAUAUAUACGACCCUCCGAAAGCAAAACAAUUCUGUGAUCGAAGAAGCCAUUCUUACAGCCAUGGACCUCAGAGCUAAGUUCCCAAAAACUGUGGCAGGGUUUGAUCUGGUUGGUUGGGAAGAUGCUGGAAAGUCUCUCUUGGAGCUGAAAGAAGUUUUAAAUUUGCCAGGAACUAAAGGAAUUGAGUUGCCAUAUUUCUUUCAUGCUGGUGAGACAGACUGGGAAGGCACUUCGAUAGACCAAAAUUUGUUGGAUGCUGUGCUAAUGAACACCAAGCGGAUUGGUCACGGAUUUGCCCUUGCCAAGCACUCAGAAACUAGGAGGUGGGCAUUGAAGGAGAAUAUUGCUGUAGAAGUCUGUCCUAUUUCUAAUCAGGUCCUGAAACUAGUAUCAGAUCUGAGAAACCAUCCUGCUGCUUUUCUGUUAUCAGAGGGUCAUCCGAUAGUGGUUGCCUCCGAUGAUCCGUCCAUCUUUGGAGCAAAGGGAUUAUCCUACGACUUCUAUGAGAUGUUUAUGGGUAUAGGAGGGAUGAGUACCGAUUUGAGAACUCUGAAGCAACUGGUGCUAAACUCUUUCAGAUACAGUAGCAUGAAACUUUAUGAGAAGAAAAAAGCCAUGGCCGUUUGGCAAAAAAACUGGGACCAGUUCAUAACCAAUUCUAUAGUUUUGUGGAGAGAGGUUGCUUUGUAAAAAGCCACAGUAGAGGUUCUAUACAAAAUCUUGCUUCUCCCAGGCAAUUUGAUCAGAUCAUUGCUCAUUUAACAAGCCAGCAAAAAUAAUUGAAAUCAGAAUAUACUCCAUAAAGGUGGAUUUUAUUGUACUGAAAUUGAAUAGAAGAUGUGUUCCUUUCCCCACUAACAGAAGAAAGUUCUCUAAUUUUUAGUUAUAUUGCUAAUUGUUGUAGAAUUGUUGUGGGUAAACAGGAGGCAGGAGUAUUGGGUACAGGUAGUCCUCAACUUAUAACCAUUCCUUUAGUGACCAUUCAAAAUUACAACAGCACUGAAAAUUGUGUCUUACAACCAGCCCUCACACAACCAACAGAACAUCUCCACAGUCACAUGAUCAUAACUUGGUUGCUUGGCAUCCAUGGGGGUCAUGUGAUCACCAUUGGGGACUUUCCCAGGUGGCUAUGGCAAACAAAGUCAAUAGGAAAAAGCAGAAUUCGCUUAAAGAUUGUGUGAGUCACUUAACAACCAUGGCAGAAAGGUUGUAUAAUUGGGCAUGAGUCACUUCAAAACCACCUUGCUUAACAACAGGGAUCCUGGUCUCAAUUGCGGCUAUAAGUCAAGGACUACAGUACCUGUACAGUAUUUUUAUAAUCUUGACCAAUUAUUUACCUUUUUAAAAUUAUGAAGGAUAAAAAUCUAACGAUAAUAUUGAUUUUUAUUAUAUUAGCUCUGUAUUGUUCAGAGUGGCUCACGAUGGGAACCGCCCUAAAUCCCAGUAAAAUAAAUAAAAGAAUGAAGGAAUGAUCAAUCGCCUAUAGAUAUUUAACACAGAUUAAUAUGCUUGGCUCUAAUGGUAACAAUUGCUGCUUAUUACUUUUGUUUAUCAAACAUGUAUCCUAUGAAUUAUCAGAAGAGAAAUGAUUACCUGCAUUUUUGGGGCUAGAAAAAUGCAGAAAUACAAUUAAAUGCUUACACAUAUGCUUCAUUUUAAAAAGCCAAUGUUUAAAAAAUAUGCAGCCUAGUUUUACAGCAUAGAAAAGGUAAGAACCUUGUUGACUUUCAGACAAUUAGUGAUGUUUGCAGUUUAAUUCAGAUAUAUCUGAAUGAUCACACAUUUCUCCCAACAAUUAUACAGGUGUAAUAUCAGUGGUAGGAUUCAAGUAAUUUAACCACCGCUUCUCUGCCCUAAUGAUUUCUUCCAACAACCAGUUUGCCAAAUUGCUCAGAAAGUUAACAACUGGUUCUCCCGAAGUGGUGCGAACUGGUUGAAUCCCACCUUGUAAUAUCAUUUAUUGAAUGUAUCUAUUUCACUUUAUACAUAAUCCAGGUGAUUUUCAAAAGUUUAAUAGAGUGCAGUAUAGGAAUAUUAGACACACUACUGUCUAACAAUAUUUCUAUCAGGACACAAUACCAUUAAGAUAAAGAAAAACUUUGGUAUAUUGACCAAGUCAAUCAGUGAGAAUAGUAGCUAUUAGAAACAAGAGUUGAAUAUGAACUACCAGUAUAUUUGUUUUUUUCCUUUAGCAGCAAUACAAUUUUUUAAAAAAAUAUUUUCUUAAUUUAUUGAUUACCAAAUUCAGGAUUUAUAUAUAUGUUUGAUGACUAUGAGAAGACUUGAUCUAUAAUUAAUAUCUUCUUGAAUUCUGUUUAACUAAUCAGAUUUGAUUUCACUAUAAGUACAUACAUAAAGCACAUUUUUUUUCUAGAGGAAAAAUAUUGGUAAAAUAGUAACAGCAGAAAGUUUUAGGCAUUCUUUUUUUUAUGUAUCAGAGAUGAAUGCUAUUCAUGUGGUGUCUGUUUAUACUUUAUAUAUAUUUUAUAAAUAUUUAUUUUAAAUCUUCCUUUGUUAAAAUGCUGAUAAUUAUGAAUUCA